AUGUUUGGUUCUAUUCUUAAUGUUCUUGAAUCACUUGUUCUUGAUGCGCGAUUAUUGGAUGAAAGAGCCAAGGCAAUGGGAUAUCUCAAAGCUUGUCGAACAUAUGAGGUUGUGUUCAUGUUGCAUUUGAUGAGUGAUGUUUUAGCAAUCACAAAUGAGCUUAAUAAAUGCUUACAAAAAAAGGAGCAAGAUUUGGCAAAUGCUAUGCUACUUGUUGAAGUAGCAAAAAUAAGGUUGCAAGCGUAUAUGGAUGAAGAAUGGGAUUCUCUUAUUGCUAGGGUGUCUUUGUUUUGUAUCAAGCAUGAAAUUUUGGUUCCUAACUUUGAGGAGCCAUAUGUUAGCUCUUUAAGAUCACGAAGGAGACUUGGUGACAAUAAAGUCUCUCAUCAUUAUCGUCUUGAGGUAUUUUGCAAUAUUAUUGAUUGGCAACUUCAAGAACUUAAAGAUCAUUUUGGCGAAGCGACGACUGAUUUGCUUCAUGGAAUUUCUUGUUUGAAUCCAAUUGACUCAUUUCAAGUUUUGACAUCAGGAAAAUAA